AUGGAUAGUAAGCUUCUUUACCUUCUUUCUACUUUAUAUCUGAUUUGGAUUUUUCGAAGCUUGAGGUACCAAAAGAAAGCUGCAAAGUUAGUCCAAGACUUCACUGCUGGUGCCAAUGAAGCUGCGCAAGAAACAUUUUCCUUGAUGAGAACUGUCCGGGUUUAUGGAACUGAAAGAAAAGAAUUUGGAAGGUUCAAGCAAUGGCUAGUCAAAGUUGCUUUUGUAAACAUUCGAGAGAGUGUGGCUUAUGGAUUCUGGUGUAUUAUUGCAGUGGUGUUGGGAGGAAUUUCAAUUAUGAGUGGUCAUGUAUCAGCUGAGCAACUAAUUUUUAAAAGCUUGGCUUUAUGGUAUAAGUUGCACAAUGACCUUGCAUCUACACUGGAACAGCGUGCUAUACUUGAGAAUGAAAUGUUGCGCAGACAGGAUGAGGAGCUUCAGUGUUUAUUUCCACAAACUGACCAUGCAGUCCCAUCCUAUCUGGAAUAUUAUCCGGUGGAAAAAGAGAAAUCCCUUGUAAACCAUGGUGUCACAAACCCAGAUUUGGGCGGACUAAUCUGGCUCCCACAGGAGGGAUUUUGUUCCUUCUUUUGCAACUACUGCCUUUUCACAGGACCUUACAGGGCUCCCUAG